GGUGGGCGUGGCCUGGCUGAACGGGCCGGAGGUGCGUCGCUUGUUUUGGUGGAUAUUUUCCUCCUGAUCUCCACACAGGCAUGGACACGAAGCCCGAAAACAUCAAGCUGAUUUUUGAGAAGGAAGGAGUUUACCUCCACACCAAUGCCAAGAAGAACAGCGAGGAGACGUCCAUCCCCGGGUUCAUCCGCAUCGUCGAGAGGGAUGGAGAGCCGGCGUUGGAGUGGAGGCCUGUUCGGGACGAGGGGAAAAAUGCACCAGCUGUUUUUUACGCCAAAAAGGACGGUGAAGGAGGAGAGGAGGAGACGAACUUUGACCCCGGGUACGAGCCAGACUGGGCCGUCAUCAGCACAGUGAAGCAGAACCGAGAGAAAGAGCCGGUCCCCAUCAGAGAGACUGGUCAGUGGGGGGCGUUCUUCCUCCCCCUGACGGAGCUCCACUCCCUGCGCCGCGCACGAUUCUCUCUCGGGAGGAACUUCAUGGUGUUGUCGAGUCGGGGGGGCGACCCUCUGCCCCCACUGCACUUCCACAGGGGCGGGACACGAGAGCUGCUCCGAGCCAUGCAGAGAUACAUCCGCCUCGCACCGUCCCCAGUGGAUGGCCGGUUGUUCCUGGCGUACCCUCAUGACUCAGGUGCUCUCUCUCACUCGUUUGAUGAGCUUCAGAUGUUCGAUGACACCAGCUCAGACCUUGUAUCUAGGUUCAUCCAGGACCCCUACGCGACCACGUUCGGUGGCUUCUCCAAGGUGACGAACUUCUUCAGAGGAGCUCUGAGACCCCCGGAGUCGCCUCUGCAUUCCCAGGGAGACCCGCACGCGCCUCGCUUAUCCGACGACGAGCCCGGGUUCGAGCUCAUCACCUGUCAAGGGGCGGAGCUUGGUCCCCGGCCCAAGGUGAGUAGGGGGUCGCCUCUGGACAACUGGGAGCAGUUUUUGGACUCUGAGGGCCGCGUGACAAAUCCACAGAAAGUAAAGGAGCUGGUGUUCAGUGGGGGCAUCGUUCCUUCUCUGCGUAAGGAAGUCUGGAAGUUCCUUCUUGGGUUUUACCCCUGGAACAGCACAGCCAAAGAGAGAGAGGACAUAAUUCGAUCGAAAACAGACGAGUAUUUCAGGAUGAAGGUCCAGUGGAAGUCGAUCAGCGAAGAGCAAGAGAUGAGGAACUCCCUCCUUCGGGGAUACCGCAGCCUGAUUGAGCGAGACGUGAAUCGUACGGACAGACAGAACCCGUUCUUCUCUGGGAGCGAGAACCCGGGCCUCACGCUGCUGCACGACGUGCUCAUGACCUACUGCAUGUACAACUUUGACCUAGGUUAUGUUCAGGGCAUGAGCGAUCUCCUGGCGCCGAUCCUCUUCGUCACCCAGAACGAAGUGGAGUCUUUCUGGUGUUUAACCGGAUUUAUGGAGCUGGUGCAUCAAAACUUUGAGGAAUCUCAGGAGGCGAUGAAACAGCAGCUGCUCCAGCUCAGCAUUCUGCUCCGAGCUCUGGAUCCUGAACUGUUUGACUAUCUGGACUCUCAGGACAGCGGCUCUCUGUGUUUCUGUUUCCGCUGGCUGCUCAUCUGGUAUAAGAGAGAGUUCUCCUUCGAGGAUAUCCUGCACCUCUGGGAGGUUCUCUGGACCGGUCUGCCCUGCUCUAACUUCCACCUCGUCAUGGCGUGUGCGAUCCUGGAGUCCCAGCGGGGGGAGCUGAUCGGAUCCAACCACGACUUCAACACCAUCCUCAAGCACAUCAAUGAGUUGACCAUGAAGCUGGAUCUGCAGGCGAUGCUGCGGGAAGCUGAGGGCAUUUAUCUACAGAUGGCCCACUGCAUGGAUUUACCGCCGCCGGUUCGGGAGGUUUUGGGAAUGUCUCUCGCCUCAAGCUCGGACGAAGAGAGCUCCGAGUCAGAGCCCAAAGAGACGGACAGACUGCUCAGCCAAUCAGCUGCUGCAGGGGGCGUGGCCGCUUGUCAGUCAACUACCUGGAACACUCCACAUCGCCCGCCCCCCACUUACCCAUAAUGCCUGUAAUUACGUAUCUUCUGAAGAAUAAAUCUAAAACACUAUAUAAUCCAUAAGUACAUGACAUAGCUGUUCAUAACAGAGUCGUUAAUGUUACUGUACGUCACAGAAAGGGAAACCAGAGAAUACACAAUACAUGGGGGGUUUUAAGAGUGUGUGUGUGUGUGUGUGUGUGUGUGUGAUUCUUGCUAUUAAUUCUGUGUUUGGGAUAAAGCAGGAAAAUAUAUACAGAAGUAAAGAGGUAUAAAUACUUCACUAGUUCUUAUUUGUUUCCCCUUCGGGUUUGGGUUUCCACGGUUACUGUUUAUGUUUUCAUUUUUUGCCCACUCUGAAUCCCAAACCCCGCCUAAUUUUAAAGUGAAGUCUGGUCAGAAUUAAGCCCCGCCCACCUUUAUUAAAACUUCCAAUAAAGCCUGGCAUGUCUAAUUAUAAUACACUACAAACCACAUCUACUGUAACUUUUAAUGAAGCCCUGCCCACCUAUUAUAAAACCCCACCCACAUUCAAUAUGUGUCUGAUAAAGCCCCACCCACUCCCAACAACUGUGUGUGUGUGUGUGUGUGUGUGUGUGUGUGUGUGUGUGUGUGUGUGUGUGGAGGGAUCAAGAUUGCUGGUGGUGAUUGAUUAUUAGUAUUAAAUAUAAUCCCUGAUGAUUUUGCAUAAUUAUUUGUGUGUGUGUGUGUGUUUCCUUUAUGUGAUGUUUCUGCAGUGUGUGUGUGUGUGUGUUUCCUUUAUGUGAUGUUUCUGCAGUGUGUGUGUGUGUGUGUGUGCUGGUUGUGUUGAACAGUAAAGUCAUUGUGUGGUUGUAUUUAAGUUCAUGUCACUGUGACUCUCUGGUCGUUGUGUCAUUGUGUAACUUUAAGCAGUAACGUUACGCUGCAGUAACGGCACACUGACCUUCUCAUGCACAUUUGCACGGCUUUAAUUCCUACGUUGGUUACAAAUACACAAAUAUAAAGAGAUAUAUAUAUUUUGCUUUGUUUUUAACUCCGACUGCAUUCAUUUCACAUUUAACAAGUUUCUUCUGAAAUAAAAAUGAAGGUGAGACAUUUAA